AUGUUCAAGUUGCUCGGUUUGACGCUGCUCCUGACGGUGGUGGUGGUCCUUGGUCGGCCGGAGCCACCAGUCAACUCCUAUCUCCCGCCAUCCGAUAGCUACGGUGCCCCGGGUCAAGGCGGUCCAGGUGGUCCAGGUGGUCCGGGUGGUGCGGGCAGGCCCUCGGACUCGUACGGUGCUCCUGGCAGCGGCGGCGGCGCUGGACGACCCUCGGACAGCUACGGAGCUCCCGGCUUGGGUCAGGGUCAGGGUCAAGGACAAGGACAAGGUGGCUUCGGCGGCAAGCCCUCGGACACGUAUGGUGCUCCUGGCGGAGGAAACGGCAACGGCGGUCGUCCUUCGAGUAGCUAUGGUGCUCCUGGUCAGGGCCAGGGUCAAGGUGGAUUCGGAGGUCGCCCCUCGGACUCGUACGGUGCUCCUGGCCAGAAUGGUGGCUCCGGCAGCGGCGGACGACCGUCGAGCAGCUACGGCGCUCCCGGACAGGGACAAGGCAACGGAAAUGGCGGUCGUCCUUCGAGCAGCUACGGUGCUCCUGGCGGCGGAAAUGGCGGACGACCCUCGGACACUUAUGGCGCUCCAGGCGGCGGCAAUGGAAAUGGCAACGGCAACGGCGGUCGUCCUUCGAGCAGCUACGGUGCUCCUGGCCAGGGUCAGGGUCAGAAUGGUGGAUUUGGCGGUCGUCCUUCGGACUCUUAUGGAGCUCCUGGCCAGGGCCAAAGACCCUCGGAUUCGUAUGGCGCCCCGGGCACUGGAAAUGGCAAUGGAAACGGCAACGGCAACGGUGGACGUCCUUCGAGCAGUUACGGAGCGCCCGGAUCGGGUCCUGGGGGCCGUCCGUCCGACUCCUACGGACCCCCAGCCUCGGGAUCAGGACCAGGUGGCGCCGGAGGCAGCGGACCCGGUGGCUCGGACUACGAAAACGAUGAGCCCGCCAAGUACGAAUUUAAUUACCAGGUCGAGGACGCGCCCAGCGGACUCUCGUUCGGGCACUCAGAGAUGCGCGACGGUGACUUCACCACCGGCCAGUACAAUGUCCUGUUGCCCGACGGAAGGAAGCAAAUCGUCGAGUACGAGGCCGACCAGCAGGGCUACCGUCCGCAGAUCCGCUACGAGGGCGAUGCCAACGACGGCAGCGGUGGCAGCGGUCCUGGUGGCCAGAACCUGGGUCCCGACGGCUACUCCAAUGGGCGUCCUGGCAAUGGCAAUGGCAACGGCAACGGCGGUUACUCCGGAGGACGUCCUGGCGGUCAGGACUUGGGUCGCGAUGGUUACUCCGGCGGUCGUCCUGGUGGCCAGGACUUGGGUCAGGGUGGCUACUCUAGUGGAAGACCAGGGGGUCAGGAUUUGGGCCAGGGAGGCUAUUCCGGUGGACGACCAGGUGGCCAGGACUUGGGUCAGGGAGGCUAUUCCGGAGGACGACCAGGUGGCCAAGAUCUAGGCGCUGGUGGCUACUCCAGUGGCAGGCCAGGCGGAAAUGGCGGCAACGGAAACGGAAACGGCGGUGGUGGCUCAGAAGGCGGUCGCGUGAUCAUCGGCGGACGUGUGAUUGGCGGCCAGGAUGGCGGCGAUCAGGGCUACUCCGGCGGAAGGCCCGGCGGCCAGGAUCUGGGACGCGAUGGCUACUCCAGCGGACGGCCAGGCGGACGGCCGGGGCCCAAUGGCCAGGACAACCAGGAUGGCCAGGGCUACUCGAGCGGCAGACCGGGUCAGGGCGGCAGGAACGGCUUUGGUCCCGGUGGCCAGAACGGCGACAACGAUGGCAGUGGCUAUCGCUACUAG